GGAGUUGGCUACAUUGGCGGCACCGCCCACCGAGCCGGGAAUCCAAUGGCGUGUUGCCGCCGAGCUUGUCUCACGGGUUCGGGAGAGGCGCCCCGCCCCGGCGAUCAAAAGUGUUGCCACCGUUGUAGCGGGACGUGGCGCGGCCGCACGCUGUGGAAGGAUAAGCGGUGACGUAAUCUCGCGUCCGUGGAGCGAUGAGCGGCGGUGGCGGAGGUGCUCCCAGUCCCCCCGCAUCGUCGUCAUCGUCAUCGGCCGCCAGGAGACCAAAGUGCGCUCGCUGCCGAAACCACGGCGUCAUCUCGUGGCUCAAGGGCCACAAACGACAGUGCCGGUUCAAGGAGUGCGCAUGCGCGAAGUGCAACCUGAUCGCCGAGAGGCAGCGCAUCAUGGCUGCACAGGUGGCACUGAAGCGUCAGCAGGCUGCCGAAGAUGCCAUCGCCAUGGGCUUGCGGGCCGUGGCCACUGGCCGUUCUCUACCGUUCCUGCCCCCGGGCCCCAUCUUCGGGCUCCCCUUGGCCGCCAAGGCCAUGGCGCAAGCCAGGGGUUCCGGAGCCCGAGCCAAAGAAGCGGCUGCUAAAAGGGCGGCACGCGAGGCCGCCAGAGCGAUGCAGCAACAGCAGCAGCAGCAACAGAGGCAACAGCGGCAGCAAGACCAGCUGCAGCAGCAGCGGAGGGACGACGAGGAAAGCCGUUCUUCUUCGCCACUGUCCCCGGGACAGCCGCCGGCGCGACCACUGUCUCAGCCGGCUUCCGUGGCUCCUGUGUCGACGCAACCGUUGCUGCAGUCGAGAGCGGAGGAGAUACCUGCAGCGGACUCGGCCAGCCCGCUGUCCCCUGCUCCGCCGAUUUCCCGCAUCGCCCUGCCCCCGUCCGAGCGACCGCCGGCCGGGUUCCUCCAGGAGGUGCUGCGGGGAUACGAAAGUGGCGCCGCAGGCGGCGUCGGCGCGAGCGACUGGGUGCGCGCCUUCGAGCGUCUGCACCACUCUUCUCCCGGUGCACGGUCGGCAUUCCGCGCGCCGGUUGCCGCCGCGGCUGCCGCAGCUGCCGCCGCCGCCGCCCAGCUCUGGAGGCCUCCGCCGGGCUGCCUGCUGACGCCGGCCUGCCCGCUGUUCCUGCCGGCCUGUCCGCCGGGGUGUCCGCAGUGCGCGCCACUUCUAAGCCAGGCGUGGGCGCUGGGCGCAGAAGCCGGCAUCAAGCACGAAUGAAGCGUGGCUGAAGAAAAAUGUGCGGCUGCGCACUGCAAACACUGUCCCCGCCUGCGAGCCCGGCUCUCGAUGGAGUGGAAAGUUGUGUCGCUUAAGUUACACCCGGAUACAGCUCUACCCGGAGCACUACUUUUGGUGGUGCAAUGCGAAAGAAAGGAUGCGAUGCCGCUGACGCGCUGCUGUUCGGUCUGAGAGACAGUGAUUAUGAGCAACGGCAACCGCACCGAGCCGUGAGCCAUGUAAUAUUCAUCCCGGUACAUUGAAUCGUCGCAGCUGUUGUCGUAUUGCUAUUCAUCUGGCUGUGCUGCGACGUAACUUAUUGCUCGACUUCUCAAUGAAAUGACCGACAGGCAUUCUUCAAUAACACUCGAGAACUAGGAGAUAGAAGCAAUAGAAGCAAAGAAAUGCUAGGGUGUUAGCCAGGCGCACAUCCGCUUUGCUAUGCUGCACUGGGGAAAGGGUAUAAAGGAGCGAAAAGUAAGAAAUAAGCGGAUAGAGAGCAUUAGUUGCGUGCACUUGAAGGUGCCCACCAAUGCUGUCAAUGGUCGCAGAGACUUGUCAUUUUGAGGUACUACGCGGCGUAGACAUAACCGUGAUGAGGUGUCUCUCAUUCACUUCACACCACUCGCAUUUACUGAUUUAGCCGAUGAGACAGCAUUAAAAUGUGAUUCCGACGAUAGUGUCAGGUCGAGGAUAUGUCCCAAAUAGCGCAAAACUCCAAGGUUCAUUGUAAUCAUACGUGCUUGAUCGUUAUAGCGAUCUGGAAUUAGAGAUAAAUGUACAGAACAGACAACCACAUUCGCUCUGUGCUUUGGGUGACGUUGCUCAGUCAGAUUCAUUUCCAACCGGCUAGCCGAUCAGCACAUUUUUCCAGCUCGCCGGAAGGAGAACGCAUAGUAAGAAAGAAAUGCAUAGAGACAGUGAGCGACAUCAUGGCUCAGGCUUUUAUGACGUUGUUCUGGCGACCAGGAGGUCGUAAGUUUGUAGGCCCUCUCGCUGAGUUCAAGAGCCCCAAUCUGUUGAUUGACGGUGCACUGUAGCUAAGUUGAGGUGCACAAAGUUAACACCUACGUCUCUACUAUUGCACCAGUCGCCAAAGUGUAGAUAUCGGUCGCGGAUAUUGCAGAAUGUAUAACUGACUUGAAGGUAUAUCCGAGAGCUUGUCCCACAGAAGUGAAGUUAUGAAGUUUGUAGACUGCUGAUCAAAUUCUGGUACACGUUCUCGCCUUUCGUUAAACUUGCCAUAUCUACAUAAUGACGAAAGACUACCUGUUCACAAUAGUUGUUGAAAAGUCCAUCUUUAUUUGAACUGUAUGUGAUGCGUGCAAUUACAAGGGGUCGUUCCUGGACAGUUAUGCACAAUAGUUCGCAAAAUGUGCGAGACCAACGAGUCUGCAAGCUGUCUAUGCAAUGGUCUACAGACUUCAUACAAACGCUUGUGUCUACAGACCGUAUGAAUAAAUUUCUGUAAGAGGUUGACAACAACGAAAAUACGGUGUACACGUGAGCAUGCGGAAGAACGUCACCGGCAGUAUUAUUUGCAGACUAGAAUUUACGACCAACUCUGCUGAAGAAGCGAACAAUGACGGACAACAUGUGAAAAAGAAUUGCGAAACGGGACACAACUCGCAUCGCUGGUUCUGUGCUCUUAGUAGCGAUGCGUUACCUGUGUGCUCCUGGCUUCGUGUUCUCAUUCUGUGCUACUGAACCCGAGUUCCACGUUGUAGCAUUGUGUUCCUGAUGCCGCACCCCUCACGUCCACUACUGUACAGACUUAUCUGAACGACGUUCCCUAGUAAAGAUGACACUGAUGAUAUUUA